ACCCAGAAAUUCAAAAUCAUGACUUUAUAAAAGCAUUGUGUUGAAGAAUAGUUGUAAGGUACAGGAAUUAGGCACUUUGCAGGGAAUGGGUUUUAAUCUUACGUAACAAAUUGUAGGAAGCUAAAGUCGAUUUGGAUUUUGGUGCUGCUACUACUUAAGUAAUUGAUUAGAUCAUGAAAGUCACAAAAAUGAGCUGUCUUGGUGUGUCUUACCUUUCAGACAGGGAGUUAGAGUAUGAGGGUCUCAUUCGUGGCUUCCUGCAAGAUGUGGCAACACAAGGACUCUCUGUCACAGUGAUCGCUUACCAGGCCAUUAUUGGACUUACAGGGUUAAGGAGGAACUGAGGGUCAUUUCUUUGCUUCAUUUGUAUGUUGUGACCCCUGAACUGAGGGUCUGCAGCCUUGGGAUCUUGAGAUUUAACAAGGAUCAUCUUUGUAAGACACCUCACUUCAGAGGCCAGAAACAGCAUUCCGUUAUAACAGGCAAACCUUCCCCUCCUCAGCCCAGCCCCUGCUCCAGCAGGACCGGGAGGCUGCGUUCUCCUUGAAGUCCAUGCUUGGCUGGUUCUGUUAGCCAAGGAAAGACAGCUUUGGUCAGUUGGCCCCGUGGGCAUGGAAUGUGCAGGGAGGGGAAGGGAGUGGAGAGCCACAGGCUCUAUGGCCCCCAGGGGAGCAAAAGCCUUCAUACUACGACUUCUGUUUCCUAGAAUUUUUCAAAGGAAAAGGCAAAGCUAUGUGUUUUUUAUAAUCUCUUCCCUACAUUAUAGAUUUGGAACUUUUAUACAUUUUAUUACCAAAGAUUUUUAGUUCAUUGCUUCAAUUUUUAUGUGAGCCUUUUUAAAAACAAUUUUUAAAUUUUGUUUACUCUUAUUAGUUAUAUAUGACAGCAGAAUGCAGUUCAAUUCAUAUUACACAAAUAGAGCACAAUUUUUUAUGUCUCUGGUUGAACACAAAGUAGAGUCACACCAUUUGUGUUUUCAUAUAUGUACUUAGGGUGAUGACAUCCGUCUCAUUCCACCAUCUUUCACAUGAGAUUUUUAAACAUGAAAAAUUUUAAACAUAUGCAAAAGUAGAGUGAAUAGUACAUUGAACCCUUAUGUAUUGAUCACCCAGAUGUAGCAGUUACCAAGAUUAUGCCCAGUUCCUUCAUAUAAUCCCAUUUCUGUUGAUAAACUAUUUAAAAACAAAUACCAGAUAGCAUGUCAUUACUCUUCUGUGUCCUUCAGUAAGCAUUUCUAGGAAAAUAUUAUCAUCUUACAUAAAACAACAAUGCCAUUGUCACAUAUAACUAUAUAAGCCAUGAUUCCCUGGUACCACCAAAUACCCAGGCCAAACCAAAUUGCUCUGAGGUCAAUAAAGUGUUUGGACAGUAUUUUGGUUCUAGUUAGGAUCCACAUGAAGUCUACCCAUCACAUCUGGUGGCUGUGUCUUUAUUCUCUCUGAGCCUAGAGCAACCACCCCUCUUCUCUCCCCAACCCUUUCUCCAUGUAUUUGAUUUAUCAAAACUGGGUCAAUUGUCUGGUAGAAUAUUUGCCUUUGACUUUGGUGUCAUUUAACUUGUUCCACUGCACCACCAAUGUAAGCCUCUCCUCCUAUUUUGAAUGUAUCUGAGGCUAGAUGGAUGGCUGCGUUAACAUAUGCCACAUAGAGCACAGUGGGGAAAGCAGGCUAUAGCUCCUAAUUACAAAGACCUGGAGCAGAGUUACUGGUCAGCAUCCACGUGAGGGUUUGACAUAAGGUCCAUGUUAAGGGGAUUGCAUCUGCUGGAACUCAAAAACAGUUCAGAAUCAAAGAUCCUGUAUCAGAAGUCAGUAGAGAUACUCAGGGUACCAAAUUCCAGCAGAUGAAUCCCCAGACUUACUUCAAGUAACUGACUUUGCAACUUGAAAGAGACUUUGUCAAAGUUGAAGGCCCCCAAAUCCUUGUGUGCUGACAGUGGUUUCUCUGAUGUGGUAAGCUUUGGUUUCCCUCUGUUUUCUCUCUAAGUGAUCACCAGAGGAGAGAGGAGUUAAACAGACACAGUCUACUCCUUGAGUGACUUCCAUGUAACAAACCAGGGCCAGCAUGUUUGACUUUGUCCUUUUCUAAAAUAAAGUUAAUGAAAGUUUGGGAAAUAAUGGUUACUUUCUGUCAUUGAUAUGAUUUAAGAAAUCUGGAAAUAAAUAAAAUAAGCAUGGUUCUUUGUAUUUUCACUAUAGGCAGAAAGCAGCAGCCUGUAUAUUAUAUUUGAAAUAAGCCCGACUUCUAUCAAUGUAUUGAAUAAUUGUCUACAGUAUUAGUAUGGAACAGUCUGAAUACUUUCUAAUUCACACUCAAAAAUGUAAUAGUUGAACUUUCAGUUUUGUAAACUUUCCUGUGAAACUUUCCUGUAAACUUUCCAUCUCAGUAAUAGGUUUGGCUGUUAUCAUAUGUGAACUUUGUAUUUCAGCGCCAAUUUCUUGGGACCACGAUUGAAGGGUCCCCAGGCUGCUGUGCCUGCUGAGGCAGCCCAGGUAGGGCUGCCCAGGCCCCGCAGAGUGAGCUGCUGCUGAUAGGGUGGGAGAGGUGGCACUUGGGCUUCUCAUCCGAGAAUGCCUGUCCUGUCCACCUGCGUGUGGGAAGAUCUGGAUUUCAGGAGGCCCUGGAUGAGCUCACCACCUCCGAGUUCCUGUUGCACUCCCCUCUCCCAGCUGGAGUUCCGUUCCCAGACUGUCUUCAUCAGUGGCUUCCGAAACCGCAUUCAGCUGAGAUGGACCGCGCUGAUGGGGUUCACUAGGAACAACUGGGCUCUUUCUCCUGCCUGCAGCUGGCUGUCUCUCCUCACCACCGCACCCAGCAUUACAUUUUUAAUCUCCUUUCUGUUUUUUCCCAGAGGAAGUCCCAGAAGUGUCCCUCUGGGGUCCUUGCAGAUGCACUUCCACUGUGCCACACAAACUGAGUGAUGCUACUCAGUUCAGUACCCUGUUCAUCUAGCUUGUGUGCUGCAGGGGAUGAGGGCGGGUUAACAUCUUGGGGCAGAUGGAGAUGCAGAGCUGACUCAGCCCUUCUGAGCAACUGCUGCAGAAGGCCACUGUGGCAUUAGGGGGACACAUGACCAAAGAAAGCAAUAGGAGUCAUAGGAAGAACUGGUCUCUUUCUCUCUGAGGGAGAAGGGGUAGACUCAGGGUGCAGCUAAAGUUUGAAUCUUAGGUAAUCUUGGUAAUCAAGCUGAUUAAAAUUUGCUGUGAUGAUUUGUUUUUAAUUAACAGAUAAUAACUGUAUAUCUUUAUGGGGUACAGUGUGAUGUUUUGGUACCUUUAUACAUUUUAUAUUGAUCAACUCAGGAUGCUUAGGUUCCCCAUCAUCUCAAACAUCUAUCAUUAUUUUAUGUUGAGAAUGUUAAAAAUCUUUUGUUUUGGAUUUUAUGAUACAGUACUGUUAACUGUAAUCACCCUCUGUGUAAUAAUUCACCGGAACUUUUUCAUCCUGUCUGGCUAGGAGUAAAUAAGAUGUUGUCACCCAGUUCAGUAUAUUUUCCUACCAGGAAUGGAAAUACGCACUUAUUUUAAAAUACCAAGGACAGCAGAGAUGGUGGGGUGGUUACCUCAUUUUUUAAUGGUCCAAGAAUUUAGGUUUCGAGGAAACCGACCAAUUUAGCCCCUAAACAUUUAAUACAACAUACAGCUAAGCAGAUCUGUCUUGAUUUGCUUUGAAGGCUAAAGGGGCUGGGGGAGGAUAUAUUAAUCCUGAGAGUUGAACAGAACAAAAAUCCUGAUAUAGUAGACCAUCCCUUACACCCUGUUUAGGUGUUUCAUACACACAUAUAUCCCGUGCCCCAAAUGAGCCAACAUAGGGCCUAUGUUACCUUCUCUGCCCCUACUAAUUCUUUUGUCCUAGUCCCAAAUGGAUCACAAUCUUUCCUUCCAGAUGUUUCCAUUGCUGGCCCUGAUGUGUUCUCUCACAGAAUCAUAGAGAUCAUAGAGAACUUUGCUUUUUUUUUUUCUUUCUUUCUUACAUGACCCUCAACUUUUUCUAACACAUCAUUAAGGGUCUAACAGAUGGGACACUUCUUGAAGUGGGAACCUUUGCCCUAUCUCUAGUGUUGCCCAGCAUUCGCCCGAGCUUUACCUUUGCUGGGUGCAUGUGAAGCCCCUUGCUCAACUGAAGCACUGUUUCCUUGAGAAGAAGGAUCCUGGGACAGGCUUGCUGGGAGCGCCCCACCCAGUGGUCUGUAGGCUAGUGAUGCGCUGGAAUGCCUGAGAGUGAUCUCAUAAAGCCAAGAUUCCCUCAUGGACCCUUUUCUGCUGCCUCUUGGAAUCCAGACACCAAGGGGAUCUCUAAGUAGAGAAUUUUUUUUUGAUUAGCUAUAAAAGCAAGGAAUAAAAAAUUGAAAAUUUAAAAAAUGUCUCAGGCCAUGUACGAAGAUGUGCCACCAAAGUCUACUUCCAGUUCGCUGUUUGGUGCUGCAUCACAGGCGUUCUGUGGGAGAUGCGGGAAAUUUAAGAGGAAAGACCGUCAAUGUCAGGCAUUUGUGAGGAGAGUCAUAACGAGUCAUCUCUUUCGGAUAAUUAUGAUUAGCACCAUCUCUUUGAAUGCCUUUCUUACAGUCUUGUGGACCAGUUAUAAAAUAAGAUACCGCUUGUACAGAGUUUUUGAGAUCUCAGAGAUCAUCUUUGUGUCCAUCUGCACCUCCGAGUUCGCCAUGAAGGUCUACGUGGACCCCAUCGACUACUGGAAGGAUGGCUACAACAUUCUGGAUGUGUUCAUCCUCAUCAUCCUCUUCAUUCCCUAUCUGCUCCUCAAGAUCAAGGGCAUACACUACCCCUACCACAACAUCGCCGAGGGCAUACAGUCCCUGCACAUCCUCAAGCUCAUCCCCUAUAGCCAAGGCAUCAGGAAGCUCAUCAUUGCCAUGGGGCAGACCGUCUACACCGUGGCCUCUGUGCUCACCCUCCUCUUUGUCCUGAUGUACAUCUUUGCUAUCUUGGGCUUCUGCUUGUUUGGAAUUGUAGAGAACGGUGACCUGAAUAACUGGGGGAGCCUGGAGGUGUCUUUCUUCACCCUCUUCAGCUUGGCCACGGUGGAUGGCUGGACAAACCUACAGGAACAGUUGGACAUGCGGAAUUUUACUCUGAGCCGGGUGUUCACCAUUGCCUUCAUUUUGCUCGCCUCCUUCAUCUUUCUCAACAUGUUCGUGGGGGUGAUGAUCAUGCACACGGAGGACUCCAUCAAAAAGUUUGAGCGGGAACUGAUGCUGGAGAGGCAAGUCACCCUGAUGGAGGAGAAGCAGGUGAUUCUGAAACGGCAGCAGGAGGAAGUGGACAGGCUGAUGAAGACACAGAGCAAUGUUGGCAAGAGUUUCAGUGAGUUGGUGGAGGACUUCAAGAAGACUCUGAGGCACACUGACCCCAUGGUCUUGGAUGAUUUUGGCACUAGCCUACCCUUCAUCGAUGUCUACUUAUCCACUCUGGACAACCAGGACAAUACUGUCAACAAACUUCAGGAGCUGUACUACGAGAUCGUCAACGUGCUGUGCCUGAUGCUCGAGGACUUGCCCAAGGAGAAGUCCCAGUCCUUGCAACGGCUGGAGGAGAAGUAG